AUGGCUUCUCGUUGGACUACAGCUUUCCUGAUUGUAGCCAUCUUUGGUGGAAGCGCCUUCAUUUGUGAGAACCGGAAGCAGGCUUUCGGUAUGGCUAUCUUAUUGGGCUCGGUCGCUUUUUUCGAAAUGGUUCAUGCAGUUGUGAAGCGUCUCUUGUUCCCUGAUUCUGAAGAUCCUAGCACCUGGGCAAAGGAUCAAGAAUCCAAGAAUUCAACCAAGGGAUACGUUGAAGAGGUGCCCACCAAGCACCCCGACGAGAUUCGCUACAAACAUCCAUCUAUGGGGACACAAACAAGAGAAGCGGAAACAUUUCACGACGCUAUGGACAAAUCCUUUAUUUUCUCUCCAAACAAAGUUCAGGCUGCAAAGAAAAGCCCUAAUACCAAACAGAAUAUGAAGAACUCUGAGAAACGGGCACUGGCCAUCCAUCGCGCCAAACAAUCCAUGAAAGAGGAUAAACUGAAAGUAGAAGCCGCCAAGAAGAAAAAGGCUGUCGAAAUGCGCCGAGGCGUCUGA